GACACGGCUCCUAUAAUAACACCAGAAACGCUGCACAAAGCAUACGGUUUCGCGCCGAAAAAGAAAAAAGGCGAAAACACGCAACAACCUACGGAAAAAAGAAAUAAACAAAAUUCACGCACUUAACAAAACAUAAAAAUGUGUUAACAAACAAAUGCAGCGAUAGUUCGUGUUUGCUGAAAGUGCAGCAACGCUACAGCAGGCAGCAGGGCAAAGUGUGUUAGUGCGUGUGUGUGCAGCGGCGGUGCGUUUGUAAAACGACUGAGGCAAAGGUAGCACCCUCCGCCUCCCCCUCAAAACAAUGGCACCCACUAAGAAACGUGAAAGGGACAAUGGCGAUAAUGCGGGUGUUGUGGCAAACAACAUAAAUGGGCUAAAUAAUGGAAGUAGACAUGCAGAUGCGGUCACAAACGAAGCGUUGGCAGCGCCAGCGUCGGCAGCGGCAGCAGCAUCAAACCUUUCAACAACAAACCACAAUGAAACCCAUGCGAAACUGAAUGGACACCAACAAGAGCAGGAACUCUUUUUACAGGCAUUUGAAAAACCCACACAAAUCUAUCGCUACCUACGCAAUCGGCACGAAACAAACCCCAUAUUCCUAAAUCGGACACUUAGUUAUAUGAAGGAGCGUAUGUCACGAAAUAACAAAAAACGUGCAAAUUUCAAGAUCGACUCUAUUUUGGACAUGAUCACACAAAAGUCUGAGGCUGUACCCCAAAACUACCUGCAUAUAAUUUACGAUUCGCUACACGAAAAGCUCAAGCCACAAGACACCGAUGAUCUGCUGAGGCAGGGACAGGAUCAGCUACUCUGUCAGCCGGGCGAGAGGGUCUGUGUGGAGACAACACUCUAUAAGAUCACGCGCAGCAAGCGUAAGGACAGCACACUGGAUUUUCAGGAGCUGUUGAGCAAGAGCUGCCAAAUAGUAUACAAUCCAACUGAGGGCGUCAAUGAGCAUGCAACCAUUAGCAUCCCUCUGCAGACAAUGCGACCCAUGGGCGAUCAGCAUACGCUGUACAAGCUGCUCUUUCGUAUCAAAAUGCAGCCACAGACGUGCAAUGAUGAAAAUGCAGCAACGCCGCCCAACAAGCGAUCACGCAGCAAUGAGAAGAUGUAUGGCUCGGAGUUAAUAUUGUAUGAAAAGUCGAGUGGUUUUAUCACUGAGGGCGAAUACGAGGCAAUGCUCCAACCGUUGAAUUCGUCGAGCAUUAAAUCGUUCUCACCAAAGAAAUGCACCUGGGAGACCAUGCCUGACAGUUACAUUCCACUUUCAUUGACCUACGAUGUGUAUCAGCAGAGUCCUAUGCUCAAAUUCCAUUUGACUUUGUCGAAUGAGCAGUUACCCGACAUUAUUGCAGCAUCCGAGAUACAAAGUUAUGUACAGCAUUUGGAUACCGAUGUAGACCACAUCAAUAUCAACAACAACAAUAACAAUAAUAAUAACAACAACAAUUGUAAUGGCCUUAAGAAUGGCAGUGUCUGCAAAGCAGUUCCGGAGCUCAUACAAAUCGUAUACAAUUUUAUGUACAGCAACAACACGCGUCAACAGACGGAGUAUACACAGGAGUUGAACUGUCCAUGGUGUGGAUUAGACUGUCUGCGUUUGUAUGCGCUUUUAAAGCAUCUCAAGUUGUGCCAUGCGCGCUUCAAUUUUACGUAUCAGCCGGCGGGCAGCGGUGCUCGUAUCGAUGUGACCAUUAAUGAUGCCUACGAUGGAUCUUAUGCCGGGUCACCCUAUGAUUUGGCCGGACCAUCGGGCUCUUCGUUUGCACGCACCUGUGGUCCGGUAAGACGCACCUCAGUCACUAGCUUGAUGGUGUGUAGGCCCAGGCGCCAAAAGACCUGCCUCGAUGAAUUCCUAGAGUUGGAUGAGGAUGACAUUAGCAAUCAGCGUUCAUACAUAACCGGGCACAAUAGAUUGUAUCAUCAUACGGAGACCUGCCUGCCGGUGCAUCCUAAAGAGCUGGACAUUGAUUCGGAAGGCGAGAGCGAUCCACUUUGGCUGCGCCAAAAGACCAUUCAAAUGAUUGAUGAGUUCUCCGAUGUCAACGAAGGCGAGAAGGAGCUAAUGAAACUUUGGAAUCUGCAUGUGAUGCGCCAUGGCUUCGUAGGUGACUGCCAGCUGCCAUUGGCCUGCGAAAUGUUCCUGGAUGCCAAGGGUCAUGAGAUUGUACGUAAGAAUCUCUAUCGCAAUUUUAUACUGCACAUGUGCUCGCUGUUCGAUUACGGCCUGAUUGCGGCAGAGACAGUUUACAAGACUGUGCAGAAGCUACAGGGGAUGCUUAGCAAAUAUGCCGCUGGCCAGGAGCUGAUGCAGCGACAGCGUGAGGCGCAACUUAAAUACUGGUUGGAUGUGGGCAUGCACAAGAAGCAGGACGAUCUGAAGCAAAGAUCGCCACAGAAGCCAGCGACGAGCUCCAGCAAUGAUAUAGCAACUACCUCAUCGGGCAACGCUGCCAGCGCCAUGCAGCCACCCAAACGCAUGCCGGCCAAUCUUAAGCGAGCCAAUGCUGCAGCCGCCGCAGCUGCAGCAGCACUUGACCAGGAUAGUUUGUCCACCAAUGGCGGCAACAGCAGCAAGAAUGUGGCCAAAAAGAGUGCUGAUCAACCAAUCACUGCCAAUUUGGCUACUACUCGCGAACGACGUUCUGAUCCGGGUCUCAAGCGGAAUGCCAACGGCGGACGAUUAAGUGCGUCCGACAGCAGAACACCCAAUUCUUUAGCCAAACGCAAACUGCCCGCUAAAGAUACUGCUGUGAUCAGCAAAAGGCAGCGCUACAGCGAGGGCAACGCCACUGGUAACGGAUCAUCGACGCGCAACAAAAGCAAUAAUCUUUCACUGCCAGCAAAUAAUAGCAACAGCAUCAACAGCAACAACAACAAGCGGCGUCGCUCCGCAAUGGAGCGCAGCAGGUCGAACAGCAGCGCAGGCAGCAGCAGCACCGCAGCACCGUCCCAUGGACUGCGCACGCGUCUGUCUGUGCCAGUGACCAAGUACGAAAGGCGCUGACGCAAGCGGCGCUGCUGCUGUUGCUGCAACUGAGAAACCAACUGCAUCAGGAAGAGGACGAAAAGGAGGCAAUCGAGGAAGAAGGCGUUUCGUUUGAUGUACUGGUUUGGUGUUUAGAGUUUUUUUUAUACAAAUUCGAUUUUCGACCUCCCCCAUAAAUGAAUAAUUUUUUAUUAUAAUUAUUUUUAUUAUUAUUGUGUUGUGUUAAUUGUGUACCGUUUAGCGUAUUGGACAUUAGUAACGUGUUCAGUAACAUUAAAAAAAAAAAACAAAAAAAAAAAGUAAAUAAUAAUAAACAAAUCAAUUUUACAGUUGAGGUACCAAAUAAUCAUUAAAUGCAGUGACAAAUAUAUAUACAUAUUUAUAAAUAUAUUUGAAUGCAAGAUACUUAACGAUUACGAUGCAUAUAUUUCCAUUUAAACAAUUGUAAUAAUUACGUAUGAUUGUAAUAUUAUAAAAACACACUAUGUACAUUGCAAAAUGAAUUUAUGUAUGCAAUUCUAUUGAAUUCCAUACGAGUUCAAUAUUUAUAAAUUAUAUUAUGUAAAUUAGCGCUGAAAAUGUUUACAGAAAAGCGAAAUGCAAACCAUCAAACCAUUUAGGAAAUGAAUAAACAAAAAUCUAUUUAAGCUA